UACAUAGUAGAAUUCUAAAAUCCAUGCGGCCUACAUUGCGACCGGGCUCUCUCCCGACCCAGGCUUACGGGUUCGCGCGAGAUAACAGCCCUCCAACUCUCAAUUGGGGGGCCGCAGUGGUAGUGGUGGGGGAUCGUCUGCCCAUGCUCAUACGUGGCACGGCCCAAGGUCCUGCAGGCGGAGUUGGUCAGCGGAGGCACAUCAUGAUAUUAGUGGAGGAUUCCGCCUAAGGCAUGUGACGUUGCAGCGCCGCAACGUGCUCACCGGGGAUUCUGUCUGCCAAGGUAGUAGGGCGAUAGCACGCUACUGCAUGGACUAGGUAGGCUGGUAGGAUCAACGAUCCUUCAGCGGACAGGAACCCUGAAUAUCAUUUGCUUAGGUGAGAUGACGGCGAGGCUUUACCCACGCGGGGGCUCCUCCGAUGCGUGUAUCCUUGCCUGCUUAUUUGUAGAUCGGCUUAUUAGGUGGCCCUCGUAUGUGAGAACUUGGCAAUGGGAGUCUCGAGACGGGCAGCGCAGGCAGAUUGCAAAUCCAUACUCUUCAUUCCCUAGCUCACAUCGGUGUAGUUUUGACUACCUAGGUAGAGAUGGCAUCUCUUCACUUGCCGACAAUUUGGGCGUCCACACUCACGGCGGCGACCAUCUUCAUCGUCGCUGUCCUCUCCAAGUGGCUUCGAAAACCGAGGUCGUUCGACGUCCCAAUUGUAGGUGCUGAGUCUGGAGAUCUCAAUGCACUCAAGGCUCGAUAUGUGCAGGAAGCAGACGCGCUUUUGCGUGAAGGAUAUGAAAAAUUUAAAGAUGCAAUCUUCCAAGUCAUCACUCCCGACGGACCUAGAGUUUUCCUACCAAGGAAAUACGCGCACGACUUGAAAGAUUAUAGCCGUCAUGAAGCGAGUGGAAUGAAGGCUUUGGCUGAUCGCCAUAUCGGCCAUUAUACCACCAUUGACCACGAAAGCGAUAUAAUGUUGGGCGCAAUCAAAAUUGAUCUCAACAGGAACCUAGGCACGUUUGUCGGCGAUGUCGAGCACGAGGUAGCAUUCUGCUUCGAGACUCAGUUCCCAGCAUGUGAGGAUUGGACACCAAUUGACCUCCACGAUAAACUCCUCCGCGUUGUGGCACAGGCUUCGGCUCGGAUCUUCGUCGGUUAUCCCAUGUGCCGAAACGAGGAGUGGCUGGACUGCAGCACAAAAUUUGCCCUGGAUGUCAUGACAGGGGGCGAGAAGUUGAAGCAAUGGCAUCCGUAUCUACGGCCCAUCGCCCAGUAUUUCGUGCCCGAGAUGACGCAAAUUCGCGGAGACCACCAGCGAGCUCUCGAAUUGCUUUUACCUGAGCUUAACAGGCGACUCGCGGAACCCGCAGAUCCAGACUCGUCGCCCCACAAUGACAUGAUCCAGUGGAUGCAGGAUCGCGCACGGAAAACCGGAGACAAUUCCUUUGAUAAUAAGGAGCUGGCUAACCUCCAGAUGCUCACCGCGACAGCUGCCAUACACACCACGCGUCUUGCUAUUAUCCAUGCUCUGUAUGACCUCGCAGCUAGGCCGGAAUACGUGGAACCUCUCCGAAAGGAGAUACUAGAAGCGACUAAGGACAGCAAAGGCGUCCUUCAAAAACAACAUCUCACGCAGAUGAAAAUGCUAGACAGCUUUAUGAAGGAGUCCCAAAGGCAUAGUCCGCCCUCGGUCGCUACAUACCAACGUAAAGCUAUGAUCCCUAUCACUCUGUCGAACGGCUUCCAUAUCCCUGCGGGUACUAUCGUGCAGUGCAAUACCAACAUCCUGGAUGAGACCCCACCGGAUUGGGGAGACCCUCACGCCUUCGACGGAUUCCGAUUCUACAAGCUCCGUAAUAGAACGCCCGAUGAUAUCAACAGAUUCCAGUUUGCGAGUCCGACGUACGAUAGUAUGCAAUUCGGGUUCGGGAAAGACGCAUGCCCAGGUCGAUUCUUCGCCAGCAACCAGAUCAAGAUUAUUCUCGCCUACAUCCUCUCUCAUUAUGAUAUCAAAUUCGAGGAUAGUGUCGUCGGAAGACCUAAGAACUUUAUGUUCGAAGUUAACGUCUUGGCCGACCCCACAAAGAUGGUGUUAUUUAAGAAGAUUCGAUAG